CUUUUCCCAGCGCCACUCCAGACUCUUUCUAAGAAGAUUGUACAGUCCAGGACCAAUAGUACCUUAGUUGGAGUUUUUGCCAUUAUCCUAGUUUUUCUAUCUGCCUUCGUCAACAUGUUCAUGUGCAGCACUGUGGAUCUUGCCAGCUGCAUGGCUGCAGAAUACAACAUCACCUCUGACCAGGUGGACAUAUGCCUUAUCAGCAACCUGACUUCCAGCUACAGCCUGGGCACCUUGCAGGGAUUCUGUGACAGUCCUUUGCCCAACUGCAACUUUCCAGAGUACUUUACCUACAGUGUCUUACUGAGUCUCCUGGCCUGCUCUGUGUUCCUUCAGAUCAGCUGUAUUGGAAAACUGAUCCUUAUGUUAAUCAUUGAAUUUAUAUAUGUUCUCAUUGUGGAAGUGCCAGGCGUCAACCUUUUUGACAAUGCAGAUCUCCUGGUUACAGCUAACACCUACGUGUCUGCAAAUGCAACGUUUCCAUGCUCUCCAGCGACGACGCGAGUCGCACUGAAGAUCGUGACCCCCGUCAUCAUCACCGUCUUUGUCCUGGCGCUGUACCUGCAUGCCCAGCAAGUGGAAUCCACUGCAAGGCUUGAUUUCCUCUGGAAACUCCAGGCCACUGAAGAGAAGGAAGAAAUGGAGGAGCUGCAGGCCUAUAACAGACGCCUCCUCCACAACAUUUUGCCCAAGGACGUGGCAGCCCAUUUCCUGGCUCAGGAGCGGCGAAAUGAUGAACUGUACUACCAGUCCUGCGAGUGCGUGGCUGUCAUGUUCGCCUCCAUAAGCAACUUCUCCGAGUUUUACGUGGAGCUGGAGGCCAACAACGAAGGGGUGGAGUGUCUGAGGCUGCUGAAUGAGAUCAUUGCCGAUUUUGAUGAAAUAAUAAGUGAAGACCAAUUUCGGCAGCUGGAGAAGAUCAAGACCAUCGGCAGCACGUACAUGGCUGCAUCAGGCCUCAACGACUCCACCUACGACAAGGAAGGGAAGACGCACAUCAAAGCGCUGGCCGAUUUUGCCAUGAGGUUAAUGGACCAAAUGAAAUACAUUAAUGAACACUCAUUCAACAACUUCCAGAUGAAGAUAGGCCUCAACAUCGGUCCUGUCGUAGCUGGGGUGAUAGGAGCCCGCAAACCCCAGUACGACAUAUGGGGCAACACGGUGAACGUAGCCAGCCGAAUGGACAGCACGGGGGUGCCUGACAGGAUCCAGGUAACCACAGACAUGUACCAGGUUUUAGCAGCCAACAACUACCAGCUGGAAUAUCGAGGGAUCAUUAAGGUGAAAGGCAAAGGAGAAAUGACCACCUACUUUCUAAACGAAGGGCCUCCGAUUAGUUAG